AUGUUGAUGACCAUAACUUAUUUGCAAUUAUGCUUCAAUUUUAUCAUACAAUUAAAUCAUAUAAGUGGAGAGAAAAACGAAUUAAAAAAUCAUCUACAACAAAAUCAAACAAUUUCCACAUUUUUGAAAUCAUUGAAUCAAAACUAUGUAAUUGAUAAAAGCAAUACAUCAAUAAAUUAUCAUGUGAAUCAAAACGAGACAAGAUACAAUAGUUCCUGCGCUGAAAACAAAGAGUUAGCGGAAAAAGAUAACAAAAUUUCACAUUGCAAUUACACGACACCAGAAAAUGAAAUAAAUGUCAUUAAAUAUUAUGAUAACGCAAAAAACAAAAGCGAUUUAAAAUCAACUCCAAAUGUAUCACAGAUUGUAGCACAAACCUGUGACGAAUGUUAUGAAGAUGAAGAAAACGUACGACGCAGAUCCGACUAUAUUUAA